UCAUGAGAGAGACGUCUGACUCGGAGUUCACACAAACCUUGCAAAUUCUUGCGAGUCGUUCGACAGAUUAAUUUCAGAAUUUGCGGCAUGAUACUGGAAGUGCCGAGUGUCUUAGAGUUUGGAGGGGGAUGUUUCUCAGUGCUUUAUAAACGCAUCACCGACGUGUUUUCGUUAUUUACAAUGGAGCGCACAAUAACGACAUUGCAACUGGAGGCGUUGGCCGCAUUUUUGAAAACGGAGCCGGGUGCAAUGCGCCAAUUAGGAAUCGUAUACGUGGCGGACGUAGCAAGAGUUCGUCGGGAGCGGGCGGCAAACAGGAAAAAUCUGGAAGAGCUGUGGGGCGAAGGAGUGCGAAGGCACUGUCAAAACAUCGACGUCUUCGACCUGCGAUAUCUAUUCGGAUAUGAAAUUGAUCCGGAUUGGUGGUAGUGUUUUUCUGUCUUCCGCUCG